GUAACAUCACACAUCGAUUCGCGGUGGCCCUUCGGAGGUCGAAAAACUUUUUCGUAAGCGCGUUAAAAGACCGGCGGGAGCACCGAACUAACCACGAAAAUAAUAUCAAUUUGUGUUCUUAUUUGAGAAAAAUAAAAAAGGAACUUUUAUUUAUAUAUCUGAUCGAGAUACAUAGUAAUACACUGUAAUAGUUGUCGUUGUCUUUCUCUCCCUCUCUCUGUAUCUUCUUGCGUUUGGUGGUUCAACGAGUAGCCCACGAACGAUCACGAGAGAAAAGGACGAAACUAAAGAAAAAAGGGAUAAAAAAAUAGAAAGGAUAAAGAAAGAGAGAGAAAGGUUUCAAGAUUGUAGUGUGUGUCACGAAGAGAGAAAGAGAGAGAGAGAGAAAACUCAAAGUGUCAACGUUAGUGAGGAAUGAUAGUGAGGGUGUUUCGGAAGCCGGCUUGAAGGACGUGGACGAGGACGAGAACGGGGGGUAGAAAUAACGGUGGCAGUGUCAACGAAAAAGAAAGGAGCCAUGUGCCAAUAAGAAGAAGAAAGAAAAAAAGGUUUGCGUUUAGAUGUUAUGCGGUCUUUCCUGUCACGAAGAGCAGACACGAGCGUUCUCCUCGUUGAAGGCACUUUUCAAGGCUUUGCCGACGACGAGCCACGUCGCCGAGGGAACCUAUCCUGCAUGUUACUGCUGCCGUGGAGGUCACUGCAUUGCGAUCGGUGGUGCGACGAGAUAGUAAGGACGAGGACGAGGACGAUGAGAAGAAAGGUAACGGCGUGAUAUCGUGUCGCAUAGGGUGUGCAAGGGGUAUAAGGAUUUUGCAGUCUCUCUCACGUUAUACCAAGAGCAGCAAUGUCACAUGCAUAUAGACAUAGAGGGUAGUAGGAAGAAGGAAGAAAGGAAAAAAAAGGAAGAAAUAAAGACAGAAAGUAAAGAAAGAAAGAAAGAAAGAGAGAAAGCGCCAGGCGCCUGCGUGACCCGCUCUUAUCUCGGCUCAGUUCGUCAAAUUUCGGCAUUACUCGGGUUCCAGGCUGAGUGGUGAGGGUAAGCUGUCACCUGUCGCCUUUAUCGAGGCUCCUCAGUGCGGUGCCGACCUUCGGCCAGUGCGGAUCGCUCUUUAUCAAUUGUACAUAUAUAUGUAUCUAGUAUUAUAUUAUCCUCAUUUUUGUUCUCUCCCUUAUCUUUUCUGAUUACGGGCGUGUGCGUGCGUGCGUGCGUUUAUUCGUUCGUUCGUCCGUUCGUUGGUGUGUGUAUGUGUGUGUGAGAGAGAGUGCGCGAAUCGCGAGUGUGUCACACGCACGCGCGACGCGUGUCGCCACUCCGUCUACGAUUCCGUUUCAUUUCUUCGUCCUAGGAAACGUAACGACCGAUCCUUCUUUACUCUUUUUUCUCUUUCCCUUUCUCUCUUUCUCUUUCUCUCUCUCUCUCUUUUUCUUCUCACAAAGAGACGAAGAGACGUCAACGACCCCGUCGACGUGUUCCGACGCGACCAACGACUAUUCACAGUGACCACUACGACUUGUUAUUUUCUUUUUAUUAUUCACUUCUUUUCUCAUUCUUCUCAUCGGCCGAAAUAACGCGCGUUUGUAAACGUUCUCGAGGAAGAAACAUGCUUGGCGAAAAUUGGAGAACGACGAGCACGGUUUUACCUGCAACGAGGUGCCACCAACUUGAAGAAGAGGAAGGCGACGACGUCACGCUACCGCACGUGACUAACACCAUCAUAUUCGAGGGUCAAUUCUUCUUUUCCACCCCCUUAACUAACACCUUUUCCUCUAUUUUUUUCUUAACUUCUCAACUUCAGUGAAAUAAGAAAAAGAAGAAGAAGAAGAGGGAGAGAGAAAGUCGAGUUCUCGCGAAAUCUCACGUGUUUAUUGGUGUCUUCUCGUUUCUUGUAAAAAGAAGAAGAAGAAGAAAAAGAUAGAAAAGAGUGACCGUGAUUCUGGUGCGUUCAUAUCAAACCAAUAUAUAUAUAUAUAUAAACUUAUUCCGUUGCAAUAGUUAAAUUCGCAAAGUGAAGAAGAAAUCUUCCUCUCGCCUCGUAGUCGAGAGAUUAAGAUAAAGAAUCCUGGCAGCCCUUCGGUAUUUCUCGAUAAAAUCGAGACAAGGAAGAUGAGACGUCGUAUCACCGAGGUCACAUCCUCGACGAUGCACCCGGUGCUCUUCUGUUGGUGUGUCGCCGCCAUUUUUAGCGUCGCCUUAGCGGCAUGGCAGGAGAAUGUGCGACCGAAGAUGUAUGUUCAAUUAGGUGCCGAAGAUGUGUUCAGGUUUACGGGAAAUGAAACGCACACAGACUACUUUCGUUUGGUGCUCAGGGAUGCCAACUAUCUUCUCGUUGGCGGAAGAAAUUUGGUGCAUAACCUGAGCUUGACCGAUUUGACGGAACAACAAAGGCUUACGUGGUAUUCGACAGAAAAGGAUGUAAAAAUGUGCGUGGUUAAAGGUACCCCAGAGGAAAACUGCCAGAAUUAUAUAAGAAUCCUCGUGAAGACUAGCACUAACACCCUUUUGGUGUGUGCAACUAACGCCUUCAAACCGAUGUGCCGCGAUUACCUGGUACACGCAGGUAAUUACACGAUGAUCAAGGAAAAAGCAGCACAGGCCAUGUGUCCUUACGAUCCACAACACAAUAGUACAUACGUUUACGUCGAUGGUGAACUUUACACCGGAACUGUGGCUGAUUUUGCUGGAAUGGAUCCUAUUAUCUACAGAGAACCUUUACAAACUGAACAAUACGAUUCGAUGAGUCUCAAUUCUCCAAAUUUUGUCAACUCCAUGUCACAAGGAGACUUUGUCUAUUUCUUCUUCAGGGAAACUGCCGUAGAAUAUAUAAAUUGCGGCAAGGCAGUUUAUUCUCGCGUUGCGAGAGUCUGUAAAUACGAUCGGGGUGGACCCCAUCGUUUUCGUAACAGAUGGACGUCUUUCCUCAAGUCUCGACUUAAUUGCUCCGUCACCGGGGAUUUUCCUUUUUACUUCAAUGAAAUACAGUCAACGACCGAACUGAUAUCCGGACAGUACGGAAGUUUAUCAGCCCAGCUGAUAUACGGCACAUUCACGACCCCGGUGAAUAGCAUAAGCGGCUCAGCCGUGUGCGCAUUUUCCCUCCAGGACAUCACCGAUACAUUCGAGGGUAAUUUCAAGGAGCAAAGCGCGCUCAACUCAAACUGGCUGCCUGUACAAAGUGCCAAAGUACCCGAACCCAGACCAGGAAUAUGCUCCAACGAUUCUCACACUUUAUCGGACAUUAAUUUAGACUUCAUCAAGACCCAUUCUCUUAUGGAUGAAUCAGUGCCGAGCUUUUUUGGACAACCGAUCGUUAUACGCACCAGUUUUCAUUAUAGGUUCACUCAAAUCGCAGUUGAUCCUCAAGUGAAAACACCAGAUGAAAAAACCUAUGAUGUCCUUUUCAUCGGCACGGAUAACGGAAAAGUUAUCAAAGCUGUGAACGCCGAGUCAGCGGAUUCUCACGAAAAAGUCAGUCCUGUUGUAAUCGAAGAGAUCCAAGCGUUUCCAUCGACCGUGCCUGUACGUGGAAUAAAAGUUGUCCGUGCUUCGCAAACCGGCGAUGGUUUGGAAGAUGGUCGACUGGUUGUUAUAGCUGAUAGCCAAGUUCAAGCACUGAGGUUGCAUCGUUGCUACGGUGACAGGAUAUUGUCCUGCGGUGAAUGUGUGGCACUUCAAGAUCCAUAUUGUGCUUGGGACAAGGUUGAAGGCAAAUGCCGAGCGGUUAGUCCACCUGAUGCAAAGCGAUUCUUGCAAAGCGUAGCAACCGGCAUUCAUGCAUCCUGUCCGCCGAGCAAAGGACUAAACAAAGACGCCAGUAGCGUCGGUGCUAUAUCCGCCAAUCAAAAUAAAUUCCCACAAGACUCUAUGAUACCCAAUAAGGAAAGCCAAGGUGGAGAGAUAAUCAAUAUCAUGCAAGACGAAGAGCAAGACAAUUCAGGUCCAGAAGUAUCAGCCGCUGAUUCACCCCCACCGCAAUACAGCGUUGAAACUUUGGUGAUUGCCGUAAUGGCUGGUGCAUUAGCAGCUUUGCUCUUUGGUUUUGUAGCGGGAUACCUGUGCGGUCGAAAAUGCAGAAAAGACGAGGACGAUAAUUUACCUUAUCCCGAUACGGAAUACGAAUACUUUGAACAGCGACAAAACGUCAACAGGUUAGCACCGGAGCCAAAGUUACUGCCACAAGAAGAAGUUACGUACGCGGAACCCGUCCUGGUUCCCCAGCCAUCGAAGAUGCAUUCGCCAAAGGGGACCAUGAGGAAGCCACCGCCAACGCCAACGGAAACUCUCUUCCAGUUUCCAGACGGUUAUGGUUUCCGUGGUCCGCGGGAUAACUUUGGUACCCUUCGUUCCCAUCAAGGGGACGCGUAUCGUCGGAACGACGGGUUCGCGACGACGCGUAGCGUCAAAAAGGUUUAUCUUUGAGAAACGAGCGAGGAGGGAGGUGGCCGUCACCGGAGCUUAGGACGGCCAACACGGAUUCGUCACAACGCGGGCUCAGCAAGUAGAAGUAGUCGCGCUGUGACGGCCUCAGGGGGACAGUCCACUCGUGAGUUAGCUGGCCCGAGGGCACUCGAGUCGCCUUCGCCAACCUCCAACGUCUCCUCGAGUUCCCCCUCCCCUCCCUCCUCGUCGCCGUCGCCAACCCUCGUACCGAUCGCGAUGAGUGGUGGAUCGCCACCACCGCCAACCCUAACGCCACCCUGCAGUUUCAUCUAUCGAUCAUAGUCGUCGAUUAUUCCCACGGCUAUUGCGAUACCUUUGACGCUCUGCUUCUACCCUCCUCCCUAUCCUGGGGAGGACAGGAUACCUUCUUAAUCGACAGUCCUACUGCGCGUUCCCAAUAUGUAUAAUAGAGACUCACGGAAAAGUCUGAUGCCCAAUGUGGAUGUGUGUGUGAUUGUGUGUACUAAGUGUGAACAAGAGCGAAUGAUUGAACAAGAGAGAUUGAAUUUCCUCUUAUUUUAAUUUUGUUCAUUUAUUUUUCAUCGAUGCCACAAUGCCAUUUUGUUUUAUCCUCUAAAAUGUUAUUACGAGGAAAAAAGCUUCUACGAUUAUUCUAUCAGGUUAAGGGUUACCAAUUGACCUUUUCGCUGGUGUUAAUAAAGACCAUUUGAUAUUGUGGUCACUCUGUUGAAAUAACUUGAAGAAAUGUAUUUUGUUUUUUUCUCUGUUCAAAAGUAUUUCGAUACAGCGAAAGGGUUAAUCUAUUAGGCUUAUAAAUUCAGCUAUUCCAAGUUAUUCAAACGUUCCUCAUACGAUCAAUGAAUGAUUCACGUUGUUGCUUUAACUUGGAUUAGGUGAUCCGAGUUGUGUUUAGGUUUAUCAAUUAGGCGAUUGGUGAGUAUCGUUUGGAAAACUUAAACUAUCGAGGCUCGCCCAGCUCGAGUCAUGCAGCCGAACAUGGUGUGAUGCUUCUGUUUUUUCACUACUUUUUGCUCGAUAUAUAUAUAUUAAAACGAAUCUCGCCAAUUUUUCUUUUUUUUACGAUAGAUUAGUAUUUCACUUUGUAAUAAUCGAGACCCCCUUUUGAGAGUGAUUGUUAAUGAAGUAUGCAUGCGAAAGUACGAAAGUGAGAAAGUGAGAAAGAAUAUACUGUGAAAUAUUUUAAUUUUAGGAGUUGUACGAUUAACGAAUCGUAGUUCUUUAGUGUGGCACUGUUUUACAGAAACUUUGAAUAAAAAAAAAAAGAAAAUGGAAUACCGCGAAAUUGAUUAGAAAUUUCGCGCAUAUAAAUGAAUAAACAAGAAAAUAAAUCAAUUAAAAAAUGAACAUAAGGGUUGGGGAUAGGUUAAAAGUGUUCUAACGAAAUCAGGCUCGAUUAAGAAACAAAACAAAAAAAUAGUGCGAACUUAAUUUCCACUUUUUUUGAAA